AUAUCUCAAAAUGGUAUUUUUUUACUAAUGUCCACCAUCUGGUGUAUUUUCGAACUGAUGCGUGGUGCAGACAAACCAAUAUCUACAGUGCAGUUAAAAACCAGACUAUACAAUCCACAACAAUAUAUUCAAGAGGAAUGGUAAUAUUGGCCAAAAUAUUUCCUUUGAAUGAAAAUAGUGCCGGUGAUAACUAUGGAAAGUUUAAUUCCUUCUGGAGCCAGGUUGAGGGUUGUGAAGUUGAAAAGAUUAAUAUGAGGACAUACAACCCCCCUAAAACAGUUGAAGACUUUAAAAACCAGUUAAUAGAUUUGAGAACGAAAUUUGAGGAAGUAAAAUACAAAUAUCUUGUAUUAGCUGUUAGCUCACAUGGAAUCGAACAAGAACAAGAUAUUUAUGGAAAAGAAAGUAAUGAAAAAAAAGGAGUUGAAGUGGCUUUUGAAAUUGAAUGGGGAUCAAACUGGAAACCCAACCGAUAUAAAGUGAAUGAGCUGCUGGAGAUAUUCAAAGAUGUUGCAAAAAAACAGAAAAUUUUCAUCAUGCAGAUGUGCAGAAACAGAUCAGAUGAAGGAACAGUGACUUCACACGGGAAAGACUUUGCAGUAAUGCAUCGUUCAAAUACUGAACCUAGUUUUGGGACACAUGUAUCUGAAAUCAGUAUUCAACAGACACAAGGAGAACUUACAGCUGAAUCCUAUGCAAAAGCUCAGUCAACAGAGACUCUGGAAAGAGUCCCCUGGCCUAAAACCUGGAAAUUAGCACAGCCCUGUAUAAGGGACAGUAUUGUAAUGUUUUCAUCACCAUCAGGUUAUGUGUCUUUUGAUAAUAACUACACCCCUAUUGAUGGUGGUGGUUGGAUAUUUCUCAGUAUGGAGAAAUUGCUGAAGAGUCUGCAAGGACAAACCAUCUCUGUUAUAGACUUGUUCUUAAAGGUGAACCAAGAAAUGAGUAAAACAUUUACAAUUAGUAUUAAAGAUGGUAAAGACACAUGUAUAGGGUUAAGUAGCUUUAAUCACAUGUUAACACAAGAUAUAAUGUUCAAAUUUAAAGACUAAUAAAUGUCAAACAAUUUGUAUAUCAAUGUUUCAAAUUUUGAUCAGAUAAUGACAUUGUAUGUAUACUAAUUAGAUAUUUUUAUGUCUUUCAGGAUAAUGUCACAUGUAUUAUAAGACUUACUUACUUGUUUAUUUACUUUUUAUACGAAAAAAAAAAUUUUUGUGGUCGUAUAUUGGUAUGACGUUGGCGUCGUCGUCAUCGUCCAGCGUCGUCGUCCGAAGAAGCAUUAGUUUUCGCACUCUAACUUUAGUUUAAGUGAAUGGAUCUCUAUGAAAUUUUACCAUAAGGUUCAAUACCACAAAAGGAAGGUGGGGAUUGAUUUUGGGGGUUAUGGUACCAACAGUUAAGGAAUUAGGGGCCAAAAAGGGGCCAAAAAUAAGCAUUUUCUAGUUUCCAGACAAUAACUGUGGAACGGUGUAUGGAUCUCUCUGAAAUUAUACUACAAGUUUCCAUACCACAAAGGGAUGGUUAGGAUUUGCUUUGGGGGGUUAUUACUCAAACCGUUUAAGAAUUAGGGGCAAAAAAGGGGGAAAAACAAGGUUGUCCUCAUUAAUGGACAAAUACUUUAGUACAAAACAUAAUUUAAAGCAGUGUAAGGGAGAUAAAUCAAAUACAUCAUUGAAAUUAUCUCCCUUACACUGCUUUUAAAUUAUGUAUAAAGUAAUGGUUAAUGAACAAUUAAGAUAAUUUAAAACAGUGUAAGGGAGGUAAUCCAAAUACAACGUUUUGGGUACUUCCCUUACAUUGCUUUUAAAUUAUGUUUAAAGAAAUGCAUAUUUAUAAAGGAAGACCAGUAUGGCGCAUUAGAUUUGUAAAAUCUUUGACCACAUUUAUUUAUUUGUUAUGCCGAAUCUAACCGUGUAUUUAGAUUUUUAAUUUUGGGUCCAGUUUUCAAAUUGGUCUACAUUAAGGUCCAAAGGGUCCAAAAUUAAACUUUGUUUGAUUUUAACAAAAAUUGAAUAUAUGGGGUUCUUUGAUAUGCUGAAUCUAAACAUGUAUUUAGAUUUUUGAUUUUUGGCCCAGUUUUCAAGUUGGUCCAAAUUGGGGUCCAAAAUUAAACUUUGUUUGAUUUCAACAAAAAUUGAAUAUAUGGGGUUCUGUGAUAUGCUGAAUCUAACCAUGUAUUUAGAUUUUUUAUUUGUGGACCCCGCUAUCAAAUUGGUUCAUACUGAGGUCAAAAGGGUCCAAAAUUAAACUUCGUUUGAUUUCAUCAAAAAUUGAAUUAUUGGGGUUCUUUGAUAUGCCAAAUCUAAUCGUGUAUUUAGUUUUUUAAUUUUGGGUCCCGUUUUUUAAAUUGGUCUACAUUAAGGUCCAAAGGGUCCAAAAUUAAACUUAGUUUGAUUUUAACAAAAAUUGAAUUCUUGGGGUUCUUUGAUAUGCUGAAUCUAAACAUGUGUUUAGAUUUUUGAUUAUGGGCCCAGUUUUCAAGUUGGUCCAAAUUGGGGUCCAAAAUUAAACUUUGUUUGAUUUCAACAAAAAUUGAAUAUAUAUGGGGUUCUUUGAUAUGCUGAAUCUUACCAUGUAUUUAGAUUUUUUAUUUGUGGGCCCGCUAUCAAAUUGGUUUAUAUUGAGGUCAAAAGGGUUCAAAAUUAAACUUUGUUUGAUUUCAUCAAAAAUUUAAUUAUUGGGGUUCUUUGAUAUGUCAAAUCUUACCAUGUAUUUAGAUUUUUUAUUUGUGGGCCCGCUAUCAAAUUGGUUUAUAUUGAGGUCAAAAGGGUCCAAAAUUAAACUUUGUUUGAUUUCAUCAAAAAUUUAAUUAUUGGGGUUCUUUGAUAUGUCAAAUCUAACCGUGUAUUUAGAUUUUUAAUUUUGGGUCCCGUUUUUUAAAUUGGUCUGUACAUUAAGGUCCAAAGGGUCCAAAAUGAAACUUAGUUUGAUUUUAACAAAAAUUGAAUUUUUUGGGUUCUUUGAUAUGCUGAAUCUAAACAUGUGUUUAGAUUUUUGAUUAUGGGACCAGUUUUCAAGUUGGUCCAAGUUGGGGUCCAAAAUUGAACUUUGUUUGAUUUCAACAAAAAUUGAAUAUAUGGGGUUCUUUGAUAUGCUGAAUCUAAACAUGUAUUUAGAUUUUAGAUUUUUGGCCCAGUUUUCAAGUUGGUCCAAAUUGGGGUCCAAAAUUAAACUUUGUUUGAUUUCAACAAAAAUUGAAUAUAUGGGGUAAUUUGAUAUGCUGAAUCUUGCCAUGUAUUUAGAUUUUUUAUUUGUGGGCCCACUAUCAAAUUGGUUCAAAUUGAGGUCAAAAGGGUCCAAAAUUAAACUUUGUUUGAUUUCUGCAAAAAUUGAAUUAUUGGGGUUCUUUGAUAUGCCAAAUCUAACCGUGUUUUUAGAUUUUUAAUUUUGGGUCCCGUUUUUUAAAUUGGUCUGUACAUUAAGGUCCAAAGGGUCCAAAAUUAAACUUAGUUUGAUUUUAACAAAAAUUGAAUUCUUGGGGUACUUUGAUAUGCUGAAUCUAAACAUGUGUUUAGAUUUUUGAUUAUGGGCCCAGUUUUCAAGUUGGUCCAAGUUGGGGUCCAAAAUUAAACUUUGUUUGAUUUCAACAAAAAUUGAAUAUAUGGGGUUCUUUGAUAUGCUGAAUCUAAACAUGUAUUUAGAUUUUAGAUUUUUGGCCCAGUUUUCAAAAUGGUCCAAAUUGGGGUCCAAAAUUAAACUUUGUUUGAUUUCAACAAAAAUUGAAUAUAUGGGGUUCUUUGAUAUGCUGAAUCUUACCAUGUAUUUAGAUUUUUUAUUUGUGGGCCCGCUAUCAAAUUGGUUUAUAUUGAGGUCAAAAGGGUUCAAAAUUAAACUUUGUUUGAUUUCAUCAAAAAUUUAAUUAUUGGGGUUCUUUGAUAUGUCAAAUCUUACCAUGUAUUUAGAUUUUUUAUUUGUGGGCCCGCUAUCAAAUUGGUUUAUAUUGAGGUCAAAAGGGUCCAAAAUUAAACUUUGUUUGAUUUCAUCAAAAAUUUAAUUAUUGGGGUUCUUUGAUAUGUCAAAUCUAACCGUGUAUUUAGAUUUUUAAUUUUGGGUCCCGUUUUUUAAAUUGGUCUACAUUAAGGUCCAAAGGGUCCAAAAUGAAACUUAGUUUGAUUUUAACAAAAAUUGAAUUUUUGGGGUUCUUUGAUAUGCUGAAUCUAAACAUGUGUUUAGAUUUUUGAUUAUGGGACCAGUUUUCAAGUUGGUCCAAGUUGGGGUCCAAAAUUAAACUUUGUUUGAUUUCAACAAAAAUUGAUUAUAUGGGGUUCUUUGAUAUGCUGAAUCUAAACAUGUAUUUAGAUUUUAGAUUUUUGGCCCAGUUUUCAAGUUGGUCCAAAUUGGGGUCCAAAAUUAAACUUUGUUUGAUUUCAACAAAAAUUGAAAAUAUGGGGUUCUUUGAUAUGCUGAAUCUUACCAUAUAUUUAGAUUUUUUAUUUGUGGGCCCGCUAUCAAAUUGGUUUAUAUUGAGGUCAAAAGGGUCCAAAAUUAAACUUUGUUUGAUUUCAUCAAAAAUUUAAUUAUUGGGGUUCUUUGAUAUGUCAAAUCUAACCGUGUAUUUAGAUUUUUAAUUUUGGGUCCUGUUUUUUAAAUUGGUCUACAUUAAGGUCCAAAGGGUCCAAAAUUAAACUUAGUUUGAUUUUAACAAAAAUUGAAUUUUUGGGGUUCUUUGAUAUGCUGAAUCUAAACAUGUGUUUAGAUUUUUGAUUAUGGGACCAAUUUUCAAGUUGGUCCAAGUUGGGUUCCAAAAUUAAACUUUGUUUGAUUUCAACAAAAAUUGAAUAUAUGGGGUUCUUUGAUAUGCUGAAUCUAAACAUGUAUUUAGAUUUUAGAUUUUUGGCCCAGUUUUCAAGUUGGUCCAAAUUGGGGUCCAAAAUUAAACUUUGUUUGAUUUCAACAAAAAUUGAAUAUAUGGGGUUCUUUGAUAUGCUGAAUCUAAACAUGUAUUUAGAUUUUAGAUUUUUGGCCCAGUUUUCAAGUUGGUCCAAAUUGGGGUCCAAAAUUAAACUUUGUUUGAUUUCAACAAAAAUUGAAUAUAUGGGGUUCUUUGAUAUGCUGAAUCUAACCAUGUAUUUUGAUUUUGGACAUUGGACCAUAAUAGGUAAAUUAAAAAAAAUGAAGUUCUUAGACCACAUUCUUUCUGUGUCAGAAACCUAUGCUGUGUCAAAUAUUUAAUCACAAUCCAAAUUCAGAGCUGUAUCAAGCUUGAAUGUUGUGUCCAUACUUGCCCCAACUGUUCAGGGUUCGACCUCUGCAGUCGUAUCAAGCUGCGCCCAGCGAAGCAUUUUAUUAUACAAUGUUUAUACCAUUUUAAACAUGAAUAUUUUAUAUUAAGAACAACAUAUUGUACUUGAGUCUUACAAUUAUAUUCCAGCAAUUACUAAUGAUUGUUUAUAAAAUGGUGGAACUGUAUUCUUAUUUUUGACAACCUAUCUUCUCAUAUUUUAUUUCGAUAUUCUAUCUGAGAUUUCUUUCUGUUUAAGUGCCUUUUAAUGAAAAAUCUAUUCAAAAUUGUUCUAUUUGCACAUCUUGUAGCUUUAAAAUUAGCAUGGUGACCCAUUCUUUUUAUUAUAAUUUUGAAAAAAGCAUGGUAACAUCUACAUUUUGGCAAAGUAUAAGAAAAUUCUAUCUGAGGAAAUAUUUAGUGAUGAUCCACCUUAAAGGGGCAUUAGCUGCCAAUUUCAUGUUCACCGAUUUGACUCAAAUUCUUGUAUUUGAUUUAUAACAUACUAAAACGUGUAUCCAAAUUAUUAAAAGUCUAAAAUAAGCAAUUUACCAUGCAUGUACUCAAUAAUAUGUAUCAGCAUUUCGUGUGUAUUUUAGUCUAGACGCCAUCCAAUUAACCAUCGAGGUGACCUCCGAAGACUGCCGACAGUCAUAUAACCCAAUAUAAACAUAAAUAUAGAUAUAAAUAGAUAGUGAACUUGUGCAAUUGAAUUUUUCUAGGUCUGUUUGUUUUCAUAUUAUAGGUUUUAAAACUAUGUUAAUCAUCGUUUUUACCUGUAUGAGAAUGAGUUUUUGUGGAUCGAUUUAGUCAAUCAAAUGGUUUAUCCUUGUUUCACUUUCAAUGUUGACAUUCUUUUCCUUUUAAUAGCUGAACACGCCUAGUUCAUGCAUAACCCAUUUCUAGCUAAGGGUAUAAAUAGAAGGUCAGAUGAAUACGGUUUCAAUGAGGUUGAAUUAUUCACUUGCAAGUGAAUAAUUCAUCAGCGAUGUUUCUUAUCUUAUUUUGACCAAACUGAACCAAACUGGCUGCUAAAAAUGAUUUAUUAUUUCACUUUCAUUAAUGAUUGAACAAAAAAAUCAUACUUUUAUAUUUUUUUUACAUCUCGUAGCUAAUGCUCCUUCAAGCCACCUGUCUAAUUUAAUUUUAUUUUAGAAUAUUUUUGGAAGGUCACUUAAAUUGGGUUACAAGUAUUUGAUGUGCUUUUUGUUUUACACUGUAUACAUAUAAAUUAUUGCACUAAGUUUUAUUGUUGUAAAAGAGAAGGAAGACCCAUUCAAGGAGACAGCUGCAAUUGCUAGCUUGGAAAACUUGCUUCAUACAGAAUAAAAUGAUGCAUAAUUGUCAAUUUUUAACUGGGAUUUUCGAAGGAAAAAUCGGUUAUUGAUUUGGGGAUGUACGGUGGGCGGGCGGGCAGCUGCCAAACAGUGUCCGUUCAUUAACAUGAAAACGCUUUGACGAAAUCUUUUCAAAUUUAGAUAUGUUGUUUCCUGUGACUAAAUAAAGGUCAAGUUAAAUUUUCACAAUUUUAGCUUUUCUCGUUGUUGAGUUGUAGACCUUUCAGUAGCGAAAAGUGAUAUUUAUUAUAUGAUUUAUUUUUAUUUUGAGUUAUUUCCCUUUGAACGGAAAUGGUGUAAUUAAUAAGUACAUGGAUAGAUAGUCUAUCUAUGAUUGUAUCUGUUCAAUUAAUUUUAGUCAGGAGUUGUCAAAAAUUUCUUUAUAACUAUUUUUUUUAAGUCGUGUGUUUUGAAGGUAGAUGUCACAGUUGUUAUGUGGUAUUUUAUUUUUGUUGGGUGUGUUAAUGUUUAAUUUUUACUUGAUCCUGUUUGGGGGUACAGAUUUGCAAAUAUCAUUUUCAUUAGAUAAUAAUCUAUUUUUAUUAAAGGAUAUAUUUCAUUACAUUACAUUGUGUAGAUAAAGUUGUUGACAUUGAUAGAUAAGUUGCAGAUAUUAGUGUUUUUAUGAUAACAAAGCAUGUGGUAAUUAUCAAUCACAAAAUUAUAAUUGGAGUGACAGAUUUAUUUCAAAAUUUUGUGUUUCCUAAGUUUUGUUGAUGAUAAGCUCUGUGGGACGGUAUAAAUAUUGUUUGAAAUUAACUGUUCAUUAUUGGACAUUUUGAAGAUAAUUACAGAUAAGUUUUAUAGAUUUUUAAAAGACAUUGUAUUAAGUACAAAUGAUAUAUUUUGGAAAUUUUUUUUUUUUUUUCUUUGGUAAAUUGUUUGAAGAAUUUUGUGGUAAGUUUGUUCGUUAUUCUGUAUAAACUAAUUUUCUGAAUGCUAUAUAUAUUUUUUUUUACUUGAUCCUGUUUGGGGGUCCAGAUUUGCAAAUAUCAUUUCAUGCAGGAAAAUCCGGUUUGCUGUCACUCUGACAGCCUCUUGUUAUUAUUUAAUAGACCAACAGUUAAUCUUUUAUAAAGUAUAAAUAAUUUUCGGCACAUGUACAACUGUCGGCAUUGUGUCCAAAUUAAGAUUUCCGAUUAGAUCACUGGUCAGCAUUUGGAUGGUUAGUGAAGCCAUAAAAUUGUUGACAGAAGUCAUUAAUUAUCUCCUUAUCAAUUAAAACACAAAAGAAUCCUGUUACAAGUGUUAAUUACAUCAAUUGAAUUCAAUCAACAAGGUUAACCUCAUAAGGUAAAUUGAUCAUGUGGUGUAAACAAUCAAGGUACUGGUUAAAUUUCACCUGGAAUUUUAUACCUCACGGAAAAGAUUUAACAAGUCGUUUAAAGUUAUACCGAUUUAUGAUUUUGAACUGAAAAUUAUACCACCGCAAUAAGACCGAUAGAAUCAUGCUCAUAAAUUAUACCACCGUGGAGCAGCGGUCCUUUAAGGGCCUGGGGAUAACACUGCACUUAUCACUUGUCAACCACAGGAUGCAAGGAUUUGUCUUUAACUGACUAAUCAGUGCAUGUUCUGUAGCUCCUUACUUGGAGACCUUUUUGUAACUUUCAAGAUGAAAGACAGCAAUAAAAGUCUUGAUCCUGUAAUAUAUGGUUAUUUCCUAAUAUAUCAUAGGAAUCUUUUCUUAGAUUUAGCAAUCCAUUGUUAUUUACAUCUGAUCCAUCUUCACGGCCGACACUCGGCUAACCGAGAGAUUGGUCGGUUAAUCUAUAUUGAGUAUGCGGCUAUAUGGGCGGUUGGUCUGUUAAUCGGGUCGGUUAUACGUCUGUUAAGAGUAAAACGCACACUUUAAAUGUUCAACUCUGUUAAAUAUACAGACUUUUGGCAUAUUUUAAGAACCAAAUAAAAAAAAAGAAAAGUGUCUGACAAAAUGAUAUCUAUCAUAGAACAUUUUCCACCUGACAAAACAUUUCAUAGUCUGCGCAAACUUCAGUAAAACUAAAAGGUGUCGCGCAAGUAUGUGGUAUUUAUGCUUAUACGCAUAGCAAUUGUUUUAAUAAAAGGGGAAACAAACAAUUUUAGAUAUCAUUUAAAGGACACAAAAUAGUACUUUGGUUCUAAAAAAUAAAUUGACAUUAGUAAAUAUUUCAUAAUUGUAAUAUAACGUGAGUAAUACCAUGUUUUAGUGACUAUUAGGGGAAUAAAGUCUGUUAAUGGGUUGGACAAUUAAAAUUGUGUCAGUUAAGAGUUAUUUAGCCACGACAAUAGUGUUGCUACCUUUCUAAUUUCCCAUUAAAAAAGUUAAGAAUGAGAUGUACUUGAGUAAAAAAGCAAUGACAAUACGGUGCAACAGUAUCCUUGUAGUAAGAGCAUUUUUAUUUUGACUUUCUUUCCAUUUUAUUGAAAGGUGUGUCACUGCAAUAUAGCGUGAUAUGGAUUGGCCGCUGGAAUAUGCAUGAAUUUAUUAUUAACGUUUUUAAUCAGCCUUGAUUUUUGUGUCUGUUCAAAGAAGCACGUUCAAAAAUCCGACUGAAAGUGUCUGUCUUAUACAACACCGGGUACAUAUAACGUGUUGUCGUUCUCAUAUGGACAUGAUAUUUGCCACUGGACGUUAAACCCUAAUUCGUCAGCAUCAUCCAAUUGGUUCUUUUGUUCUAUUACUUAAUCAUAUGUUGUUGACAAAACAUUCUAAAGAAGUAAAUGGAAAGAAGCGAAUGCAGCUACAUUUGAUUAUCUUAAGUUUUAAUUUUCAUUUUAUUCCGUUUAGUUCCUUUCUACAUAAGUGCAGAGGAGAAAUGCAGUUGUGCGCUUGUAAAAUUCUAGCAUUUGUCACCAAUUUGAGUACAUCGCAAUUGUUACUGUUUCAACCACCCCCUCCCCCUGAAAUUUUGUUUUGUUUGCACUUUACAAUAUUUACUGAACUAUCAGAUUCAGCGGUUGACAGGAGGCCAAUGUUUAUCGGACUCCAGUCUCAAAUAACAUAAAGUGAUAUACAGUAAAAAAAUUGCAAAGCAUCUAAAAGUAUAUAGAUAUCGUUGUCUAUACUAUUAAUUUAAAAUUAAGGAGAUGUGGAAUAAAUGCCAAAAUUGUUUUAACAAUCAUCUUGGAGGGUCUAAAUAGUAAAAAGGGGUGUUUCAUGUCUGUAUUCUUGAACAAUUGUUAUUUUUCUCUCUUUUUUAGCAAUGCAUCACUCUCUACUGUCCUUAUCUAUUAUUCUAUAUUCUGCCUCUCUAUCCAGAUUCUCGUGUAUACCAUGAGGGUCUGGAUUGGGGGUGUUGUUUAUUUCUGUAUUCUUUAAAUUGUUAAGUCACUUUUCUCUACACUUUAUUUAUUUUUCUCAUUAUUCUUUCUCUAUUCUUUAUAUUUUAGCAUCCCAAUAUAUUUUACUUACUGAUGUUUAGUAACAUUACGACGUUUAUCUCUGAUAUAAAAAAGCAGAUGUGGUAUGAUUGCCAAUGAGACAACUCUCCACAAGAGACCAAAAUGACACAGAAAUUAGCAACUAUAGGUCAACGUAAGGCCUUCAACAAUGAGCAAAGCCCAAUAGCAUAGUCAGCUAUAAAAGGCCCCGAAAUGACAAUGUAAAACAAUUCAAACGAGAAAACUAACGGACUUAUUUAUAUAUAUAAAAAAAUGAACGAAAAACAAAUAUAUAACACAUAAACAAACGACAACCACUGAUUUACAGGCUCCUGACUUGGGACAGGCACAUACAUACAUAAUGUGGCGGGGUUAAACAUGUUAGUGGGAUCCCAACCCUCCCCUAACCUGGGACAGUGGUAUAACAGUACAACAUAAGAGCGAACUAUAAAAAUGAUGUAUAUACUGGUUACCAAUGUAGAUGACAAAUUAGAAAUUUUGUGAAUCUCUUGACUGAAGCAGAACUAUAUGCUACAAACUUAUACAUGGCACUGAUAUAAUGUUUUUAUAAUGACAUAAUGACAAAAUAAGAUAUUCUGGACUUAGAAACUGGUAUGAGUGAAAAGUAUAAAUAUAAUCUCACCCAAUCAACUGUCUUCAUUUGAAGCUUUAUUCCAAAGACUUUAGUGCUUAAUAAUAAUUGAAUUAUAUAGAUUCUUAAUUAAAACAUUGUAUCUAAUGAAAGAAGGUGGGUGUCAAAUUAGUGACAACUUGUACAAAAAGUCUAUACAACUUAUAAUUUUGUAUAUGUCGUACACACUUAUAUAUACAUGCAAUUUAGUGCUUAGAUAUUUCUUUAGAUGAUGGUUAAUCUGUUGUUGAGAUAUCUCACAGAUAUCUGCUCAGUUUUGUAUCAUGAUAAUGUGCUCAUAAAAGUUUAUAAAGUAUUUUAUUUAUAUUAACUAUUUAUGUUUUAAAUUAAAUUUAUAUACAAUAUAUUUUUACUGAAAUAAAAGAAGAUAUAUUUAUA